CAAGGCCGACAUCAAAACAACAACAUCAUCAAUCAGUCGCGCCAGAUAAACCCACCGAAAUGGAUCUCACCGAAAAACAACAAAAUCUCAUUCGGAAAAUCGCCAACGAAAACGACAUCGAAAAUUUCCGAUUAACCAAAACCCCCGGAUCGCUGAAAGGCGACAACUUCCUCGGCAUCCUAACAGCCAUCACCCUAUACAACAAACAAAAAACCCUAAACCUCAUCCUGAAAACCGCCCACCAGAACGAAGCCUUCAGAAAAGCGGCCCCGGUGCACGAAAUGUUCGACAGGGAGAUCUACAUGUACAACAAAGUUUUCCCGGAAUUCGAAAAAUACCAAAAAGACCACAACAUCGCCGACGCCUUCGACAGCACCCCCAAACUCUACGGCUACUGUAUAGAAGAUAAAAACGAGUCUCUCGUAAUGGAGAAUUUAAAAAAAUCCGGCUACAAAUUAUGGGAUAAAAGAAUCCCCAUGAACCACGAUCACGUAGAGGCCGUUUUAGUCCAAUACGCAAAUUUCCACGCGGUGUCUUUGGCUAUGAGGCAGUUAGACGGUGAAUUAUUCGCUCGAGUGACUCGUCCUAUUAAAAAAAACGUUUUCGACAACAUGGAGAUGAUCGGGAAUAAGGAUAAAUUCCAAGGGUACGUCAAUGCUGUGAUGAGUAAUGGGUAUAAGGCUGUGGAGGGCGAUCAGGACCUGGUGGAGUGUCUUAAGAAAGUGGAAAGUCAAAUUUACGAUUUAUUUCAGAAUCGUUUCGAUAAUGACGAGUUUAAGUUGGUGGUGUGUCAUGGGGAUUGUUGGUGCAACAAUUUUUUGUUUAAAUAUGAGGUAUCGGAUGUACCUUCAAGUUUAAGGAUAAUUGACUGGCAAAUGUCUUCUGUUACCACCCCCGCUUAUGAUAUAGUCUAUUUUCUAUUGACCAAUAGCUCGGAGGCGGUCUUAAAAAAUUACAAAAAAUAUUUACAAUUAUAUUAUGAAGCCCUAUCAUCGAGAUUGAGAGAAUUCGGUUGCGAUGUGAAUCAGAUAUUUUCCUAUGACGAUCUGGAAAAACAUUUGCAUACUUUCAUGGCUUUUGGUGUUUAUACGAGUAUAAUGAUCUUAAAAUUGGUUAAUUCGGAGCCGGAAGAGGCUCCCGAUUUUUCCAAUGUUGAAAAUGACGGGAAUUUCAUGGACCAAAUGGAAUACGAAAUGAAAAAUAGCGCAGGAUACGCCGACAGGCUUAAAACAAUAUUAAAAUUUGUGAAUGAAAACGAUUUAAUUUAAUAAAAUUGUUGUUUUUUGAA